AGCGGGAUGCCGGUGGAAAGCAAGAUGGCGGACAAAGAAAAGAAGAAGAAGGAGAGCAUCCUGGACCUUUCCAAGUACAUUGACAAAACCAUCCGUGUCAAAUUCCAAGGUGGCCGGGAAGCUAGCGGUGUCUUGAAGGGAUUUGACCCCCUUCUCAACCUUGUGUUGGAUGGUACCAUUGAGUACAUGAGAGAUCCAGAUGACCAAUACAAGCUCACAGAGGACACCCGUCAGCUGGGACUGGUGGUCUGCCGAGGAACAUCCGUGGUCCUUAUCUGUCCUCAGGAUGGGAUGGAGGCCAUCCCAAACCCGUUUAUCCAGCAGCAGGAUGGCUAGCCUCGAACCCUUGAGAGGACUGCCAAAGCUAACUCCCCCACCCCAAGCCUCGUUGAAAGGAGAAAUAUUUGUAU